UGAAGAGAGGGGGCAGGUACCAGUCUCUGAGCCCCUCCUCCAGAGAGCCACGGUGCGCCUCUGUUCCAAUAGAAACAGGUGGGAACCCCGGACUCCUCCAAUCACACCCACUCUCCAUACGGGGGGAGAGUCCACGGCAGGAGGCAGGACCCAACCAACUUCCACACUCACCACACAGGAAAAGUCAGGAAAACACAUCUGUCCUCGUAUAUCGCUGUAUCCGCUGACCUGCAUGUGUUUUCAAAGCUGUUCCGGUAAAUGUUAGCGGGGCAGCGGUGCGCCGGAGCGCUGCUAAAGUAGUUACCGCCACUUGGUCGCUGUAGGAGGCUAGCGUUGCAAUGCUGGGACGGUUUGCUGCGAUGGAGAACAUGUAGCCAACUAACCGGAUUUGGAAUUGUGUUUUUUUCUUUUCUUGGAUUACUACUUGUUAAACCAACCCAGUUUGUUUUCCGUUGCUAUUUUCUUGGUUCUUCUGUUAGUGUGGAGUAGUGCAUACUUUGAAAAUGCCUGCAAAAACCAAGUAUAACCUCGUUGAUGAUGGGCAUGAUUUGAGGAUCCCGUUGCACAACGAGGAAGCAUUCCAGCAUGGGAUCAACUUCGAGGCAAAGUACAUCGGCAGCCUGGACGUGACGCGGCCGAGCAGCCGAGUGGAGAUUGUGGCUGCGAUGAGAAGAAUACGGUAUGAGUUCAAGGUGAAAAACAUCAAGAAGAAAAAAGUCAACAUCGUGGUGUCUGUCGACGGCGUCAAAGUCGCCUUGAGGAAAAAGAAAAAAAAGAAGGAGUGGAUGUGGGAUGAGAGCAAGAUGAUGGUGAUGCAGGAUCCCAUUUACAGGAUAUUCUAUGUGUCUCAUGACUCCCAGGAUCUGAAGAUUUUCAGCUACAUCGCCAGAGACGGACAGAGUAAUGUCUUCCGCUGCAAUGUCUUCAAGUCCAAGAAGAAGAGCCAGGCCAUGCGUAUUGUUCGGACAGUGGGCCAGGCGUUCGAGGUUUGUCAUAAACUGAGUCUGCAGCACACGCAGCAGAACGCAGACGGACAGGAGGACUGCCACAGCGAAAAGAACGGCAACGACUCCUCUUUCACAGGCGUGCGUGCUCAUCCACCUGUAUGUGUGUGUACUUUCCUCGGCUCAGCUCGGGAGCUAACGGGCGCGGAGAAGACGCCGACCGUCGCCGAGGAGACGGACAUCGAUGCGGAGGAGGUGAGCCAGGUGUUGGCAGCAGAGGAGUUAAACCCCAACAGAGGGGUGACUGAUCUGGACGCCUCAGCCAAGACAACUGACCUGAACAGUGUAGAGAGCAAGGCUUCAGAGGAGCCCUCUCUGCUGAUGUCCAGCCCCAGGAUGCUGCUCCCGGCAUCGGGCGCGCUGCCACCAGGUGCCCCCCUGUCUGUCCACCACCAGAUCCAGCUGCUCCAACAGCAGCUCCAGCAGCAACAGCAGCAGACACAAGUGGCUGUGGCACAGGUCCACCUAUUGAAGGACCAGCUGAGUGCGGAGGCCACGGCUCGGCUGGAGGCACAGGCUCGAGUCCACCAGCUGCUGCUGCAGAACAAAGACCUGCUGCAGCACAUCUCCCUGAUGGUUAAACAGAUCCAGGAGCUGGAGACCAAGAUGUCUGGACCAAACUCCAUGGGAUCCCAGGACAGUCUGUUGGAGAUCACCUUCCGGUCAACAGUACCUCCAGUGAUCUGCGACCCCACAACGCCCAAACCUGAUGUAUCCGCCCUCAACCUCCCCGCGCUGGGCUCCACGGACGGGACCGGCAACGCCUUCUCAUCAUCCAAUGGGAGUCUUGGAAGCCCUCUAGGUAGGGACAAGUGUCUUCUCAAACUGGAGUGUUUCCGUUUCCUCCCGGGGCCUCCGCCUCCUCAGCUCCCCUCGCCUCCCCCGCUGCUCAAGGCCGACGGGCCAGAGAGCAAAGGCCAAGAGGUUUCUGAGGGCACAGCCAAGGUGUCGUCCUGUGACGCCAAAUCUCUGGGCUUCCUGGACUUUGCCGCGAGGUUUCGCGAGUCAGGUAUCGCCUCCGAGUAUGAGUCGAACACGGACGACAGCGAUGACAAUGAGGACGAGGGGGAGGACGACGACGAGGAGGGGAUGGAGAUCUUUGGCUGGGGGAGGGACGAGGAGACACUGAGGCUGCUUAAUGUUCUCAACAGACAGGGAACUCCUGACUGUCUGGGAGAUGAAAUAGCAGUGUAACGCACUAACCUAUCCUAACCCCCUAUAUGUAUAUAUAUAUUUUAUUUUAAAAAGUAUUUAUUUACUAUAAUUACUAUGUUGUAUUAAGUACCAGGAUUGUCAGACAGUCAUGGAUCAGGGCCCCAGCUUGAGUUAAACAACCCUAAGCUGUAGAGCUCUAUGAAUGUACAAAGGCAGUAGCAACAACUGCGGUUGCUGGUAAGUUUUAAAAUCUGUCCAAGUGUCCACUCAGAAGGUGUGUUUGAAACCGUUCCCUGUCACGGAAAAAGUGCACUAUAUAACGUAGUGUAUUCGCCAUUUUGGGGUGGUGUUCGAAUUCUUAGCAGUUUAUCUCAUCCACUGUAAAAUACCCCCACUGCACAGCUAAUCUGAGUGUACAUAUGAUGUACCUUACAUUUUACUCCUGCGUGCCACAAUGCAACGCGGUCAUGUUUUCCAGUUGGUCCCACCUGUGGAUCUAAUUCUUAAUCUAUAUGCAUACUCAUGCAUACACACUUGCUUCUUUAAAUCUUGUUUCCUUCAUUUCCUUUAGCCUUUCCUCUUUGUUACACACACCCAAUUACUUAUCCAUACAUCGCACACACUCCCAAAGUCUCCUCCCAGCUGUCUGUUGCUGAAUUUCAAUUUUAGAUUUGGGAGUUCUGUAGAAAAAAAUCAGGGAGUUUAUCUUAAAAGUUGGUAACCAAUUGUAGGUUAGUCUGUCUUUACGAUGAAGAUAUGAGGAUGUCGACAUAAAAUCAAACCAAAAGAUGAGCUUAGUUCAAAAGAAAGCUCUCAAUUUGUCAGGAUUGGGAGCGUAGCUGUCAGUCGUGCUGACAGGAACAAGACGACAGGGUUCGGGACCGGAGAGACUGAUGAGCUCUUGUCCUUGCUGGAGUGAAAAGUGACUCUACCCGAUGAGCGAAGAUGAACACUAUAUCCAGGAACUUUAUUAUGGUCUCUAUGUUUGGAGAGGGAAAGUCCUUUCUUAAACUCAAGAUUAUUCAAAGACUUAUUUUUAGACAAAGAAAUCUGUGUCUGUACUGUGUGUACAAACUUUGUUUCCUAUGUCAUCCCACAGAACUGUCUGUUGAACUGCUCCGUCCUUGACUUCUGCAGGCAGCCCUCUUUUGUCUCUUCACAGUUUGUUGACUUGGUAGCCGGAGCAUGUUUGCACUCUUUUCACUUGUCCACACAUUUCCCCCGCUUUCAUUUUAAUUUAUGUAAAGCCAGGAUUAGUUGGACCUCGAGGAACGCUGUUUGUUUCUUGUAUUCAUCCCGUAAACAAAAACUCUUUCCUCGUGCCAGAACAGCAGCGGCUCACGGAUGACAGCCAAAAGUGGUCUCAUUUGUUUAAACCCAGCUCUGUGUAUGGCCUCCAAGCACAAUGCAGUAUUAAAGUGUUCGUUUUGUUUCACAAGGAAA